CCGGGACCCGGGGCAGCCGCCACCGCGGGUGCUCGGCUCUGCGGGCGGGCGGAGGGGAGGCGGCGGGCGGCGCUGGGCGGCCGCACCGCAUGCGCAGGAGGGCAGGUGUCGCCGGCAGCCGAGGGCCGCCGGCAGCAUCGUGGCAGCCGCGCGUCCCCAUGGUGCCGGGUCAGGGCGGAGAGGGCGACGCUGCCCCGGCAGCGGGCGGGCAGGAGCCGGAGGUGCCGCCGGGCCGGGAGGACGGGCCGGAUGCGGUGCAGCCGCGCGUGUGCCCGGCGCCCGGCGUCGAGGCGGCGGGCGCUGAGGAGCGCCGCGCUUGUGGCUGCUGCUCGGGCAUGUCCUGGCCCUUCUGCUGUGAGGCACCCGGGACAAAGAAGAAAGCUAAGUGCCCAGGACUUGGUCUAUUUUAUACCAUCCUGUCUGCCUUCCUUUUCUCAUUGGCCUCUUUACUUCUUAAAAAAAUAGAAGAUGUGCAUUCAGUGGAAGUGAGUGCAUUUCGGUGUGUUUUCCAAAUGGCAUUUGUUCUUCCUGGUUUAAUAUACUACAAAACAGGGUUUUUGGGACCAAAAGGUAAAAGAAUUUUUCUUUUCUUCCGAGGAUUCCUUGGGUCUACCGCAAUGGUUCUUCUCUACUACGCUUUCCAAGUCAUGCCACUGGCUGAUGCCACUGUUAUAACUUUCACCAGUCCUGUUUUUACAUCGUUGCUGGCAUGGAUCUUUCUCAAAGAGAAAUACAGCCUUUGGGAUCUCCUGUUUACUCUCUUUGCAGUCACUGGAGUGAUUCUUAUUGCCAGACCACCAUUUCUGUUUGGCUCACGUGUUACAGGCAUUGAAGGAAGUUACUCAGAUCACCUUAAAGGAACUAUAGCAGCCAUUGCAAGCACGUUAUCCGCAGCUUCAACUAUUGUUAUACUGAGGAAGGUGGGGAAAUCUGUGCACUACUUUUUGUCAAUUUGGUAUUACGCCGUCAUUGGAUUGGUUGGAUGUAUUAUAGCAUUAUUUGUUUUGAAUGAAUGGCGUUUACCACACUGUGGUAGAGAUAGGGUUUUUCUAAUAUUAAUAGGCUUGUUAGGGUUGGGGGGUCAGAUAUUUCUCACAAAAGCAUUACAGAUAGAGAAAGCUGGACCUGUAUCAAUAAUGAGGACAAUGGAUGUGGUGUUUGCUUUUAUUUUACAAGUUCUCUUUCUCAAUCACAUACCAACUUGGUGGACUGUGGGUGGUGCCCUUUGUGUAGUAGCCAGUAGUUGUGGAACUGCCAUUCGUAAGUGGAGACAUAGUGUGAAAAAAGCUAAACAGAGGAAAAUCUAACAAUAUAGACACUAAUUCAUUACAGAAACAAGCAAUCUUGAAAGAUAUAUAAAUACAAUAUUUAUUUUUAUUUAUUUUAAGUAUCCCAUUUACCAAAUUGUAGUACCAAAUUAUAUCCAGUAAAAUAAGUUGACUUUUUACCAAAAUUGAAGAUGUUUUAGCAACUGAUGAGGUAUAUACUUUAAUUUCUUAGGCACGCUAAUAUGGGCAGUAGAAAGAUACUUAAAAAUUGUUGCUUCCUUUCAAAAGUGGACAAUAUUUAUUUUUGUAGGGCUCCUGACUCUCCACUUAGACUCUUUCUUUAUUUUAUAGAGCAGUGGAAAUAAGUCUGCCGGGCUUAAUGCUAUUCUGUGCUUGAUUGCCACAGGGAUUGCAGUACAAAAGUUAGAAGGGCAUGAAGAGUUGAUAAUACUUAAACAACCAGCUUUUAUAGAACAGAUAAAGCUUGUACUUCUAUAAGCUUUGUGAUUAUUAUUUUGCACAAAACAGAUGCCAAAUAUGGGUUUAAUUUUAAUUUGGAUUCUAAAAGAACAAAAGUGAUUUCAUUUUUCCAAGUAAUAUCAAGAGAAAAUUACCUUGUGAAAAUUACCUAUCAGUUUUGCUUUUUCAAAAAAAGAAUUUUAAGUGUUUGUACUUACCUCACAGGCAUGGUGAACCAAUCUAAUCACCUUUUUUUUUCAGAAGUGAUUUUCCCUAUAAACAUGUCUUUAGUUGCUGCAGUCUCAGUGAUGAGAGGCAACAGUUAAUUCUAUGCCAUCCAUAAAUUAGCCCUUUCUUCUGGUAUGGACUGCUGCGCUGUAGCUGCACUUUUCUUUAUUCUAUGCAAAAGAUUAUAUUUUUUAGGUAUUUAAUAUAGGUUAUUUAAUGCUGCUUAUGACCCUUUCUAGAUUCCUCUAUACUAAAGUUCUUUAUGAGACCAAGUUUGAGUCUCCUUUACCUUCAUAAACUUAGGAUGAUUUACAUUAAAGCUUUUGCUUAUUUCGUAAGAAUGUACAAGAGUGCAAUGUAAUUGCAGUUUCACAGAAGAUGCAGGUUGGCCAAGGUCAUACAAGGGUUCUACAGAAGAGGUUUGAGGAAAGCUUGGUGGAAGGAUGAUGCUGUGCAUACACAUCACAUUCAGGCAUGCACAUGACAUCAGACAGUGCUAGUGGGCAGCUUCAGUCCCACUUCUCACCCUGUCCUUCUUAAGUCUUUGUCACUUCUCUUGCACAUCUCACUUUUGUAGGCUUUUUUUUGAAUGCAACAAAUACUAAAGAAAAUACUUUUAUUACUGACCUUGGUGUCCUUCACAUUUCAGGAAGACUAAAUGUUUAGUAUCAGGAAGUAGGAUUUUCCCAAGUUGAACAUUACAUACUUUUGGGUCUUGUCUCAGUAAAGUUUAAAGAAAAUUUUAACUUGAAUCUUUGUAUCUUGAGGAGGCUUUCAGUUACUUACUCACUCUAGUGUUUUUCUAAAAGACGAUGCCAUGUUCUGUACACUUGAUAGAUUUAUUUUUCUAAAUCACUGAAGGUGGUGUUCAUUUUCUUAUUUUGAUUUAUAGAUGUUUGGUCACAUGUCUUUUCUUUUGCCAAUACGCAUUGCAUACUGUCAGGGCAGAUCUCAGGACUUCAAUCCCAAAGGCACAAAAUGCAAAUAUUAUUUCAGGGUCAGAGUAUCAUAUGAUACAUUGAGUUGGAAAGGGCCUGUCAGGAUCAUUGAGUCCAACUCCUGGUUCUGCACUGGACACUCCAAGAGUCACACCAUGUGCCUGAGAACAUUCUCCAAACAUUCCUUGAAUCAGAUGGGCUUGGUGCUCUGACUGCUUCCCUGGGCACCUUGUUCCAGUCCUCUUGGUGAACCUGUUCCUGUUCCAGUCUAAACCUCUCCUGACUCAACUUCAGGCUGUUUACUUGAGUUCUGUCACUGAGCACAGGGAGAAGAGAUCAGCACUUGCCCCUCCACUUUCUCUUAUGAGGAUAUUGAAGACUUCAGUGAGGUCUCCCCUCAGUUUCUUCUUCUCCAGGGCAAAACAAGCCAAGUGACCUUAGCAACUCCUCCUAAGCCUUCCCCUUCAGACCCUUCAACAUCUUCAUGGUCCUCUAUUAAUCUCUCUUAACAGCUAAUGUCUUUUUCUUACAUUAUGGCACUCAGAAGUGCCCCCAGCACUCAGUGCAACACCCAGUUGUGGGAUAAUCCCCUCCCUUGCCCGGCUGGAUGCUGUGCCUGGUGUCCCCCAGGCUGCCAGGGCACUGCUGACUCUUGUUCACCUUUCCAUUCACCAGCACCCUCAGAUCCCUUUCUGUGUGCUGCUCUCCAUUCCCCAGUCUGUCUGUUGCCCCACCCCAGCUGCAGAAUCUGUCACUUGACUUUGUUAAACUUCAUAUAUUUGGUGAUUGCCCAGCCCUCUAAUUUACCAAGGUAUCUGCAGGGCCUCCCUCCAUUUGAGGGAGUCAACAGCUCCUGCCAGUUUAGUGUCAUUCUUGGUAUUCCUUGGAGUCCUGUGUCCAAGUCAUUAAUGAGGAUGUUGAAGAUAGCUGGGGUGAGGUUAGAGCCCAUUAGAGGCUGGAUGCCAGUCUAAUGUCACCCCAUUCUCUUUGUGCCUGACCCGUGAGCCAGUUGCUCACCCAUUGUGUAACACAGUUAUCCAGCUGUGUGCUGGGCGUUUUGUCCAGAAGGAUGCUCUGACAAAAGCUCUGCUGAAGUCCAAAAAGAUUGUGUGCUGGCUUUCCUAGAUUGACUAGGUGGGCUACCCUGUAGUGGAAGGAAAUCAGGUUUGACAAUCAAGAUUUGCCGUUCAUGAAGCCAUGCUGGCUGGGACCAAUGACUGAAUUGUCCUCCAGGUGUUUUUCAUUACCUCACAGAAAAACCUUUUCUAUGUAUCUGGAUAUGACGAGCUGUCUUUGUCCAAGUUUCUGUAGGUAAAACCUGCACCCUGAAUCUGAAUGUGUUUAUGGAUAUGAGAAGAUUCCACUUGAGUGUUAGAAUCGGUUCCUGCUCACAGCUGUCUGUUCUCUGCUUUUCCUGAAUGCUGCAGCUCAGCUACUGCUGACAAGGUCAGGAAACUGCUUUACUAUCUCUUAAAUGCCUCACAUAAUAAUAAAAUUCCAGUUUGGCACCUUUAUUGCUUAAUACUUGAAACUGUGAACUGGGAUUGUUUUUCUGCUCCUGAGCCAUCACUGCCAUUGAGAACAGUUUUCAGGAGAAGGAAGGAAAACAGACUGCUUCAUUUUUUUACUGCAUUUUUUACUGCUUCAGUUCAUGUAAUAUGCAUGUGUUUGAAUUGCCACUUACAAAGGUGUGGUUCCAAAGCAGUUCAGAUUGAUGCAAACUUGGAUUGUCAGCUAGCCCUGCUGUCUCCUCUUGGCUCAAUGCUUAUGUGGUUAUGUGAUGAUGAGCUACCCCUGGGAGCUGAUCCAGUACAUAUCUUUUUAGUAAGGUUGUUGGAGAGGGCAAAAGCAGUGUAGCCUAAACUUGAUGACAGUAUAAAAACAUUAGGAAGUUGAAUUAGGUGAUAGUUUAAAUUACAGCCUAUGAAUGCUGCCUUGUCAGUACAGAAUAAAAAUUAUGUGGAAGCUUACAUUUAAAAACAUCUUUAGUUUGUAUGAUUUCAAUGAAUCUUGUUUAGACUUAAUAGAGAAGAGCAGCUUACUGAAGAAAGGAUUGUUUUCUUGCCCUUAACACAUAAGUAAAAGUAGAAAACUGCUACAUGACCAGAAAUCAACAUCUAGUUAUAGUGGUUUGUAAUUUUUGUCUCAAGUUCUAGCAGAAACUCUUUCAAAAUAUUGCUUGUGCCAAAACCCCCAGAUGAUUGGUUUUUUUCUUUGUUCAAACAUACAGGGUUUCCUUAUGGCUUCAUCUGCUUAUUUCCUCUUGCUGUUCUUAAACCUUGCUAAAUAUUUAAGUUGUUAAAAUAAUAAUCUAAACCAGAUCCUAUGUUGGAGGAUGUAUGUUUUGGAACAUUGUUUUGAUUUUGAUCGAUCUUUUAGGGAACUGUUUAACUGGAAUGAGAAUUAAGGACUUGACUGGGGCUUCUCUAUCCAUAAAGUAUGACAAGCUAGUUUCUGUAAUUGGUUUUUCUAGGUGAUGUUGGGAAUGAAAGACAUUUAAGCUUUAAGUUCUUCAACCACCUCAAUUUUAAAAUUUUUCUUCCUGUCAAAUACAGGCUGAAAACCUAAAUAUUAGUUGCAAGCCUUAAAUAUAAUUAAACUACAGAAGUGUGGGUAGCAUGAAAUGCUGGGUUUUUUUAGCUGAAAAUAUUUCUUAAAAUUUAUGUUAGAAGUGUAAAUCUUUUCUUCAAAGCUUAACAGUUUGAGAAUCUGAAAUGAAACUGGCUGAGCCUUGAUUCUUUCAGAUUCUGAUCUUUUUUAGCUUUUUAAUACAGCAAGUUUCUCAGGGUCAAAAGUUAUUUUUCUGAGCUUUGAGUCAGGAAUAUAUUGAUGUUCAUUGUCUGUAGUGUCCUAUUGUGAUCUUUAAAGUAAAGUUGGAUAAAUAUAUUAUUCUAAUAGAAACUCCUUCCUGUGUAAUAUGAUGGAAUAUUGUUUCAUUGCAAUUGCUUUUGUUAUAAUGUUAAGUUUCUCUUGAAUUUCAAUGUAUUCAUUCAAUGUUCUGAUUUCAGUGGAUUCUCAAUAGAAGGAGUAAUAAUUAGUUACUGGUUACUUUGCACAGAAACAUAAGGAUAAAAAGAUUUAGUUGUUACUGAUGUAUCAUAAGUUUGGUUCCUGUGUUCUUUACUAUGCAAGACACUAAUUGCUGGUCUUCAGUGAAACUUUGUAGCCUUAAAGCCUUAUUUGCCCAACUCUUCUGUAGAAAGCUGAUGGCUUUGUACUGUCACUGUGCAGCAGCCAGUUUCUUUCAGGUUAAGUUAGUUGUUUAAAGGAUGCUCUAAAAGCCCUUUAAAUAAGGGCUUUUAAAUAAGUCUGCACUAAGAAUUUGACAAGCUCAUUGUGUAGACAAGGGUGGUCUAUAUAAUUAAAAUGAAUUUCCAGCAUUUGUCUUAACACCAGGCAUAAAGUAACCUCAAUAUAACAACAUUGGUGAUACUACUAAUGAAUUGUGUAAUUUUUAUUCUGAAGACAGAUUCCCAGUUCCAAGAAGUAGUCCAAGAUGGUCCUUCCUGUAAUUAGUAAUUUCAAAAUGGAUCAUACUUCCCUUGAUGAUAAUUUAAAAUAAACAACUAUUUCCAUGGUA